AAAAAGCAUAAAAAACAAACAAAAAAUAAUAAUAAAUAAAUAAAUAAUUAUUUAAUAAAAUAAGUAUCUUUUUUCAUUAUUGUCCAAACAAAAUAUAUUUUAAUUAAAAGACAAAUUAUAAAAGUAAUGUUCUCUCAAACAACUCCUUUUAGAAGAAAUUUCGAAAGCCCCGCUAGAGAUAUCUACACAUCGCCUAAUCUAUCUAAAAUAGCUUAAUUAAAUGAAAGAGUUAAAACUAUCCAAACCAAUUUUGAGGAAUCUAGAGCUGCCAAAAGAGAAGUAUUUUAAAACAAGAUGAGAUAUGUAGAUGAUAGAAUAAAUAAAGUUGAAUAAUAAAAUGAUUAAAAGUUUAGAUUGCUUGCUGAAUAGUUGAAUAAGAUAUAAGAAGAAGCUAACUAAGAAACAUUGGCUAAAGAAAUUCAUUCUGAAAAAAGAUUAAAGGAAAUUAAGUUGCUGGACAAAAAUUUUUCAAUCAACAUUAGCAAAGAGCAUUAAGAAAAAAAAGAAAAUGAAACUAAAAUGUUGAGAUAAAUUGAUGAAAAGAUAUAAGAAAUGAAGAUUGAGCUUUUCCGUGACAGAAAGAAAAGAGAAGAUUACGAAGUUUAUAAGACCAGCGAAAUAGAAAAUAGAGUUAACGAUCUUAGAGAACAAUUUGAAUAAGAAAAAAAAAUUAGAGAUGAAGUAUCAGAAAAUCUUAUUAAAACUUUUGGAGAAGAGAUUUUAAAAUUUUAGGAUCUUCUUAGAUAAGAAAAGAAAAUCAGAGAAGAAUAACACAACAAUAUGCUUAAAGUUUUAGAAGACUUGAAUGAUUCUUUAACUUCAGAAGUUACUUAAGAAAAACACAUUAGAGAAAAGUCAGAAGAAAUGUUGCUUAAGUUAUUAGAAGAUACUUGUUAAAAGAUUGAAUCAUCUCUUUUGAAUUGA